AAUGAGCACCUGGUGGCACCCGCUGUGGGCCGUCUGGUUCGGCAGAACCCGAAAGCUCGCGUUCGCGAACGGUCGCGGACUGUCUCGCCUGUCUUUCUGCCACAUUUAUCGGACACAUACUCUUUGUUGUUGACGACGAGUGGGACGUGCUCCAAGCAAGCCGGCGUGCCAACUUUGAAGUAAACGUUCGGUGGAAUUUUCGCAGAGCGGACACUUGCAGAAAAGUAGGAGUGGGCAAAAACUUUUGGGGGGUGUUUUGACAAGUACCGGCUGGGUGUCAUUAAGGAAUGCCUGUGGUCAGCAGCGCAUCUCCGGACCGGUAACAAGGGCCGUUGCUGCAGUCAUGGUGAAGCCAGCCGCGUGGUUGACUCCUUUCUCUGUGGUCACAGCUCUGGUACUGGUUCAGGUGUCUUCUGUGGAAGAGCACGAGUGGCACUUCAAUGCAGCAGCUCAGUGUCGUUUUGCCCUGGGGAUGGAGGAUGGCAGCAUCCAAGACGCUGACAUCACCGCCUCCAGUGCCUGGUCAGACUCCACCGAGGCGAAACAUGCAAGGUUGAGCACCGGAGAAGGAGAUGGAGCUUGGUGCCCCAAAGGCCCCGUCUUCCCCGAUGGAUCAGAAUACCUUCAGGUGGACCUGCGCAAACUGUAUUUCUUGGCCCUGGUGGGCACCCAGGGUCGCCACGCCGACGGGCACGGCCAGGAGUUUGUCCGUAGUUAUCGCCUGCGCUACUCUCGUGAUGGCGUGAAAUGGAUCACCUGGAAGGACCGCUGGGGCCAGGAAGUGGUGUCCGGGAACGAGAACACCUACGACGUUGUUUUGAAGGACCUGGGUCCUCCCAUAGUAGCCCGCAUGGUGCGCUUCUACCCGCUGGCCGACAGGGUCAUGAGCGUCUGCCUUCGAGUGGAACUCUACGGCUGCGUGUGGACGGAUGGGUUAAAGGCUUACACGGCUCCGGUGGGUCACGUGAUGAAUCUGUCAGGCUUGCCAGUCUACCUGAAUGACUCCACCUAUGACGGCAGCACAGAGCAAGGGGUGCAGUUCGGGGGCCUGGGUCAGCUUUGCGACGGCGUCCUGGGAGGCGAUGACUUCAUGGAGAGCAAGGAGUUGAGGGUGUGGCCCGGGUACGACUACCUGGGCUGGAACAGGGACGUUCUUGGAAAGGCCAGCGUGGAUGUCGAGUUCCAUUUUGAGAAGCCUCGCAUCCUCCAGGUCAUGCAGGUGCACAGCAACAACCGUCACACUCAGGGCGUGCGGGUGUUCAACAAGGUGGAGUGCACGUUCAAGCCGGGCCUGUUGCAGCCGUGGUCGUCUCCGGCCCUGGCCCUGCGGGUGCCCCUGGACGACCUGAAGGACCCGUCCUCUCGGACCAUCUCGCUCCCCCUGGACGGACGCGUUGCUCACAUCCUGCGCUGCAACUUCUACUUCGCCGACAGAUGGCUGCUCCUCAGUGAGAUAUCCUUUCUCUCAGAGACUAUUGAAAAGGACGUGACUCAGCCGAAUGGUUCCAAGACUCCCACGACCAGCGCCUCUCCUUUCCCCAACCACACCUCCUCCUUUUCCGCCCCGAGCCAGGGUGGCUCCAUCACCUCUCCCGCUGCUUCUGCACCUCCUCCCACCGCCAGCCCCACCUUCACGAUGGACGCCACUGCUAAUUGGACACUGUCAGGUCGCGAAUUCGAUGGCGUGUCUCCGAGGGCGGGGCUUCCGGUGGCCAAAGAUGACAGCAGCAACACAGCUAUCCUGAUUGGCUGCCUGGUGGGCAUCAUCCUGCUGCUGUUGGCCGUCAUCGCCAUCAUACUGUGGAGGCAGUACUGGAAGAAGUUACUGGGGAAGGCGCAAGGGGGCCUGUCGAGCGAAGAACUCCGCGUGCAUCUGUCGGUGCCCUCGGACAACGUGGUCAUCAACAACACCCACAGCUACUCCAGCCGCUACCAGCGCAUACACACCUUCCCUGACGACCCCGAGCGAGAGGGCGAGAGCGAGUACCAGGAGCCCAGCGCCCUGCUGCACCCCCGAGAUCACCGGGACAGCACGGCCUUGCUGUUAAACAACCCGGCCUAUCACCUGCUCCUGUCAGAUCACAGGAAAGGCUCGAGGCCCAGCACCUGUCAGGCUCAGGAAAAGAGUCUCAAUGUGCCCCAUGGAUGCGGCUUGGACUCUUCCCCGGAGAAAGGAUUCCCCUUGACACAGGACGAGCCUCCGCCCUACCCGGGCUCGCGGCCGUACCCGGCCCUGUCGCCGUCCACGUCUCCCCCGCUGCCCCCCAGCGUGCCGCACUAUGCCGAGGCCGACAUCGUGAGUCUGCAGGGCGUCAGCGGCAACAACACGUACGCCGUGCCUGCCCUGGCCUCGUCCAGCCCGGGAGCGGACGCCAGCCCCUUGCCGGAGUUGCAGCGUCAGUGUCUCGUCUUCAAGGAGAAGCUCGGGGAGGGGCAAUUUGGAGAGGUGCACCUGUGCGAAAUCGAAAGCCCUCAGGACCUUCCCAGCCUGGAGUUUCCUUUCAAUGUGAGGAAAGGUCGCCCUCUCUUGGUGGCUGUCAAGAUACUGCGGCCUGACGCCUCCAAAAAUGCAAGGAAUGACUUCUUGAAGGAGGUGAAGAUCCUGUCCCGCCUGAAGGACCCCAACAUCAUCCGUCUGCUGGGGGUGUGCGUGAGCAGCGACCCCCUCUGCAUGGUCACCGAGUACAUGGAGUGCGGAGACCUCAACCAGUACCUGUCCCACCGCGUGCUGUUGGACAAGAGCGGGCCUUCACACACCACGCCCACUAUCAGCUACCCGGCUCUCAUCUCCAUGGCAAGCCAGAUCGCGUCGGGUAUGAAGUUCCUCUCCUCGCUCAACUUCGUGCACCGCGACCUGGCCACGCGCAACUGCCUGGUGGGCGGCGAGAGGGGCAACGGCGACGCCGACGACCCCAGCGGAGAGCGCCACAUCAAGAUUGCGGACUUUGGCAUGAGCAGGAACCUGUACGCCGGAGACUACUACAGGAUCCAGGGCCGAGCUGUGCUGCCCAUCCGCUGGAUGGCCUGGGAGUGCAUCCUCAUGGGUAAGUUCACCACGGCCAGCGACGUGUGGGCGUUCGGCGUGACCCUGUGGGAGAUGCUGAGCGUGUGUCAGGAGCAGCCGUACUCCAACCUGACCGACGAACAAGUCAUCGACAAUGCCGGGGAGUUCUUCAGAGACCAGGGCAGACAGGUGUAUCUUGGCAAGCCCGCCGUGUGUCCUCAGGGUCUCUACGAGCUCAUGUUGAGCUGCUGGAACAGAGACUGCAAGCUCCGCCCUUCCUUCGGCCACAUCCACGCCUUUCUCACCGAGGACGCCAUGAACAUGGUGUAAGGUCGCGCGCUGCUUCGACGAGCCACCUCGGGUGUCGUGGCUUUUUGUUUUCCUACAAACAUCUUUUGUACUUUUUUUUUUUUUUUUGGGUUGACGGGGUUCCUGGAGACGCUGCUGGUUCAGUUUAGUCACGCGCCCCGAAAACCGGAGUAAGCUAGCUUGAUAUAGUGUAGAUAUGAGGCUGAGCUAAACUACAUUGUGUAGUGUAGUGGUGGUGGUGGUGGUAGUAGUGCAUUCUGCAUUAGGAGCCUUUUCUUUUCUUUUACAAGGACAGGAAACGAGGUAACCAGAAGGUGCAGGUGCUAAAUGAUUUAGCAUCUCAACGUUUCAUAGCUACUGCCCCUCUGAACCAUCUGAUCGUGUAGUGGUUCUCGUAGCUGCCUUUCACGCAGCUGGCCUGACCCCAAAAAAAUGUCAACGACUGAUUCCCAUCUCUUGCCCCAAGUCAAGAUGGUAGUGUUGUCGGUUCACGGCGUACAGGAUAAGUGGUAUUGAGCUAAGAUCCAUUUGCAGUGUAGUCGUUCACAAAGCUUCUGAGGGCUUGAGUCCUUGCAAAUCGGUGCAUAGAGACCCACACCUGAAGACUGUUGGGACUUGGGAUGAGUUCCAGUUCACCCUGAACUGAUUAAAUUGAGGGCCAUCGAUAGUGUUGUGGUUCACAUAACCACUUUACGCUCAAUUCUAUGCCUAUCGAGCAAAGGUGUACCUGCGCCCCCCGCUACUUAUAACAGGACAAACAGAAUAUCAAUCAAUGGCUGUUGGGAAAUGGUUCUUAUUAGAAGUGUAGUGGUUCACAUAGCUGCCUUUGAACCAGUCACUCAAUCCUCAGUUCCUUGGUAAUGCCCAAAGUCAACUGGGAUACGCCCCAGCUCGGUCGCACCAUGGAUGGUUAUAGUGACGUGAGGUCUGCUGGUAGUGUAGCGGUUCACAUAGCUGCCUUGGUUUCGAUUUCAGUGUAGGCUUCAACUCCCCUCGAACGGCUGAGUUCUAGCCACACAUCAUCAGUGCGGUGCAGACGACAGGCUAUGUUCCGCAGUACACUUUCAAAUGCCAACAUCAGGCGUCGGUCUGCCAAAUGGACUCUUCUGGUGUGAGGGAAGGAGCUGCUGCUCAUGUAGUCGUUCAUGAUGCUAAUGUGACUGACUCGACCCAACAUAAAUGUCUUUCAAUCAGGCCCAAGAAUGGAAAGUCCUCCCCUUUUCAUGUAAAAAGUCCUCAGCCUCCUGCACUUUAACUACCGGUAGUUACUACAGGUUUGAUUGAUUCGGAUCCUGCGAAUGUGGACUUUGAACGCCUCGCACUUUGCAGCGAUCGGCUCCCAUCAAAAAGACAUUUUGGAUCCUUCCUUCUAGCCAACCAUCGGUUCCGACUUAUACCGCAACAUGAGCUGCGUCGCAUCACAUCACGCAGACACUUAAAACGGUCGCGAGUCCCUCUUUGACCGGCCAUGCAAACGUUACAGAACGUGCAGUCCUGAGAUGGCGGCCCCGUAAUUGUGUUGUUUACUGAUCGCAAAUGGUUGUGGUGCCAUUUGAGUCCUCUUUGAUACACUGUAGUUCAACUAAACCUGUAUUUUAAUAAUACGCGUUUUGUUUAGUUUGUACAUACUGUAUUUGAAAUACAAAUCUUGUAUUUUCCUGUAUUGAUAUGGAAAACUCUCCUUUAGGAGUCUUCUGUAUUUCUGUAGAAACGCUUGCUACCUUGAUUCCGUUGUCAUCCAUUGUGCCGUUUUAUUUUUGUAGACGUUUCAAUAAAGUUAACCCCUUUUCAAAUGAGA